CAUGUCACACGCUUGUAAAAAGACAGCUCGCUCGACCCGAUCUGUCGACCCGGCUUGACUACGUCCAUUGUAAAACUGUACUUUUUACUUCUUUUCUCUUUCCUCUUAAUCUAAUCCUAUAUAUCCGUUUAUUUUUAAGUGCGGAACGAAAGCAUAACGCAGUGCAGGGAACAUAGGAUGUCGUGCAUCGCACUGUAAAACUGUUCGCGCGCAAGCGCAACUUGCCGGUAAUGUCGAAUAGACCGACUCUUUUCCUUCUCUCUUUCUCCCCCAUCGUGCGUUAGAUAAUCCUCGCGUCGAGGGAAACGUACUUCGAGCGUGACGCCGGCCGCGGAGAAUGUGCCGCGCGAUCACGCUUGUCGACGCGUUUUGCCACACCUGUCUCUCUAUCGCGAGUCCUCCGUCGUGUAUGCGUCGCGAUUUCCGUGAGAUCGACGCAUAUUCGACGGAAUGCCAGUGAACGCGUCUGCGGCUUCGCCGGCCCGCUGCUCCGUAGUAAGAUACUCCUCUACGAACCGUAACUUAAGUCAUUGACGAGUCGCGUUCCAUUAGCGUACACCAAGCAAACGUCGACUCAAAUACUCAAUAUACAACGCGCACAGAUCAGUUAUCAACGAAGCGAAAGGGAAAGUUCCAACAAAGGCAGAGAAGGAUCCCUAUAACGUAUUAUUUUAUGUUACACCGUAUGCAACAAUUCUCAAAGUUAUUGAUGAGUCUUAGGUAAAUUGGGUAAACGAUAUAAGAAGAACGAAGUUCAAAGAUGGUACGCGUUAUAACGGUGCACAAUUUCCUGGGGCAAAAUGUCGUCCAGAUCGAGGAACCAACGGCGACGUGCACAGCCAUCAGCCAGGGACAGGAGAUGCUCCUGCUGGCGUUGCCCACGCACUGUGUGGAGGUAUGGGAAUUAAUGAAUUCGGACGUCAGGCUGCGCACUAUUUUUCCCACGGUGGACAUAAUCAAUCAAAUGGUGCACUGUGCCAAGGGAGAUUACGUUGUGACGCUGGAAUCAAAAUAUCUCAGAGAUACUGCGAGCAAUAAUCAUGCAAAUAAAGCUACUUCUAAUUUUGUAAGGAUUUAUGUAAAUUGGGCUAUAGCGAAGGAUCAGAGUCAGCCAAUGCGAGCUAGGAUCGCCGGACGGGUCACACCGAGCUUAAAUCGACCCUUGAACAGCCUGGAGAUGAUAGAGUUGCCCUUAAGCGUGCAACCUACGUUGAUCGCCUGCUGCCAGUGCACUGGAAACUUAUUGGUAGCCUCGGAAAACAGCGCUAUCCUGCACGAAUUCAAGAUUGAGAUGCAGCAAGUGUCAAAGAUAAAAUUUAUAGAUUUUGAACCUAGACCAUGGUCGUUAGGAUUCACAUUCACACCUACGCGCAUGGAGAUCAUGGAGGAUUUUAUAGCAAUCAUGGAUAAUACGAAUUUAUCUGUUUUUCGUCUCACAAAUUCAAUGUACGAGGAUAUUGAUCAACUUAGCUCUUUAACUUCCACUUCUUCUUCCGUCGACAAGACAUCCAUAUCCACAGAUUCAUCUCUCCUAGAGAAUAGCAGUAGCCUUGGAAAUGAUGAUACGUCACUGCAGGGAACAAAUGUAAAGCACAAAUCUAUAGAUCAAGAUUGCCAAUACACGACACCUGAAAAUAACGAGACAGUGGUAAUUGGUGUAAAAUCUAAGGAUAAAAAGCACAAGGGCACAAAAGGAAAUACAUGGUAUAAACAAGAAGUAAGCGAUUUCAACCGAACAAAGGCAAGUAAUAAUAAGAAUUACAUAGAUUGGGAGAAUCUGAUAUGCAACGAGAAAGAAGAGUUGCAAAGGCUAAUCGCACAAGGAAUUAUUGAUCCUGCUUCGCAACCAUUGACAGUAAAUCUGCCAUUGAUAAGUUUAGAAAGGGCUAGUCCGGGUCACACUCUCAGUCCUUUUGUAUUAAAUUCAACAGACACGAGAAUUUUCAUCAAGACAACCUCUCCUGAUGUAGGCUGGUCUGAAAAUUAUAUGAUAAAAAAUUUAUUAUCUUUAAAAAUUAACGCUGGAAGUAACAAUGCCAAGAUAGACGGAAUUCUAGAGAUCUUCAGAUGCCUGGUGUUGAAACCAUUGUACAUGAAGAAGGAAUGUAACACUACCGGUGUGAAAAAAUCUAUGUUGCGAUCUGACAAAUACAGAUACUUACAAGGUGUAAGUUGUUUUGUUUGCACUACACAGGAGGGAUAUCUGUAUCAUUUCUCAGCGGCGAGCAGCAAUUCUCUGCAUCCGACGUGUCUAACAACUUAUCCCUUCACCGCACCUGUUCGUGAUGUAGCGCUGGAACACACAGUACUUCAUGCAUUAACCGAAGCUGGUCUUGAGUCUUACACAUUACGUCUUUCUCAUCAUAUCGCAAAAUUGUCGAACAACAUGGACGGCAUCCGAGCAACCUGUCCUAGUGUUAUUGAACCAGUAAGCUUGAUUGGUUUGAGACCGUUUCUGGGAAUACAGAAAUUGUUGCAUACAAAAAGCUAUAUAGUUCUGCUGGCUAAAGCUGACAGUUCUUGGACCAUGUAUUCAUUAAAUCUACCUAAAUUCGAGAAUGUGUAUUUUGAUAUAUUAAAUGUGGCAAAAAGUCACAAAUCUUCCAGUCCAAGCACUUAUCGACACUUGCUGGGAGAAGCACACGCUUUGAUACGCUUGGCAAAAGAUAUUUCCUACAAUGAUAAUGAGAAAUUUGACGAUGCAACGCACAAGAAUGAUCUCAAAUUAAAAAACCUGUACAACCAAUCAUGUGCGUUGCUUGCAGAUUACUAUAUACGAUCAGAGAUUGAAUCGGAUUGGGAUUUGUGUAUUCCUUAUUAUAAGAUGUCUGGGCUGAAACCUUCAGAAGUGUUAUCUAGGAAAUGCAGUCAGGACGCACCGGGACUUCUGACAUUCCUGACAGAUGCACUUCUCACAAUGAAAAGUGGACCUGAAGCGGACACACUUUUCCAAAGCUAUAACAUCAUAGAGAUUAUUUGUAAGUUGGAAAAGGAGGAUCUGUUGAAAUUGAUCUUUAGUAGUCCUGUGCUGAGGGAGUACGCCACCGAGAAAUUAAUAAAUCUUCUGCUGACACACGAAACCGACGAUAUUGUCAAACUCGCAUUGGCGCUCUUAUACAUCCAGGCCGAUAAACAGGAACAAGCGGAAAAAGCGUUGGAACCAGUUUCUGUGCGAUGUAUCAAACAAAUUGUCUUGAAACACUGGGAACUGCUGUUCGAUAUGACCGCGAUGAAAAAGAGGAGUUCCAUGAUCGCUACUUUCUCGGAUUUCGCCGGUACUUUAAUGCUCAUAAAGAACACCAUCUUCGCUGAUAUCCUAAUACAGAUAAUAGAAGACGAAGGUGCAUUGUCAUUGCACCAAAUCAUACAGGUGUUCCUGGAAUACUUGCCGUCGCGAGUUGGAAGAGACGGGCAUAACGCAGCCGCCACUUUGCAAGUUUUUCUUGAGAAAUAUCUACAGAAUUAUUUCAGUUCAAAAUUCAUGUUGGAGUGGCCACCAACUGUAAAUAAAAAUCAGAUACGCUCGAAUUUUGCUCUAAUUGAGGCGUUCAAAUUAUUAGUGCGAUCAUAUCUAGGCAAAUUAACUCAGACGAGAGUGUACAAAACCGAUUUCAAGGAGAAUCAAGGGGAAAACGAUAAAGAAUACUUCAUGUUCGCCAAGUAUCGACCGAGUUAUUUGAACAAAAUGCCGCCGUAUGCCAAAGAUUAUCAAAAAAUGUUAAGCAUGAAUGAUUUUAAGGAUUUAACAAAUUUUAAUAACGAAUCUGAAACCGAGAAGAUUAUACCUAAGGAAUUGUUUAAGUUGCAAUCUAUAUUGUCAUGCGAAUUUCUGCCGACUGAAUGUCUACACGAGGUUAAACAAUUUCUCGAAACGCAAAAUAUCGAUGGAAGUUUAUCUCUCAGGACAUUAUGCAUUCAAAAUACAGAAGAAGUGACAACAAUUUUAAUGGACAAUUGCCCACAAGCUGUAGUACAAUAUGCAAAGGAUAAAUAUACGAAGGACACUGAGUGGAAGAAUCUUAUUGAAUUAACACAAGACAAAAUUGCUACUUCAACGGCGCAACAGGAAUUACAACUUUUGUAUACACAAAUCAUGAAGGAGAUCCUGAAUUAUUUGCCGCAUGCAUUGCCUAUGAAAAGUCUACAUCGCAUUUUACCAAGAGAUGACAUGGCAGCAUUUCAAAGAUGCACCGAAAUGUGCAAUCAAAUUAUGCAUGCGGAUCAUGUGAAAUCGUUGAUAAUGGAAACCGGACAACAACUUUUGACAACUCUAAAGUUGUGAAGAUAGGGUUUCCAUUAAUUAUUAUUUAUUAGCUAAUUUCUAGACAAGGAAGUGAUAAUACCAAGGAAUUACGAAUAUAAAUUCCGAUAUCGCGUUUUAUGAUAUUGAAAAAGACUACUUUGUGUGCACUUAUACUCACAAAUUAACCAUUUCUACCAACGUUUCAGACAUAUGUUCCUGAUUAAUGCAGUCACGUAAGCUAACGUCCGUUAGUUAAUAAUUGUGCUGAUGUGCACGCAUUUUUAAUAAUAAAUAACUUUCAUCAAUUAUUAAAAAAAAUUCAAAAAGAGAUACUAUAUAAAUAGUAUUCGUCUAUAAUUAACUGUUGAAUUGUUCUAUAUAGAUAUAUUAUAACUAAAAAUGUAAAAUCUGUCCCAGAGCAUAGUGAUAUAAUAAUUUAUAUACAUAAAAUCUGAUCUAAAAUAAUACAUAUGGAAAUCAGAAACUUGGAGCACAUUAUAUCUAUGUAUAUGAGAAAAUGUUUAUAAUUAUUAAUUAAAUUUGGAAAUAAUUAUGCAAAAAUGUUUGAAUGCUCUAUAUAAAUUGUAUUAACAAUUUGCAGAUAAUUAUUCACCUAAUUUGUUCUGCUCUGGAACAGAGGGUAUGUCUUUAGGAAAUGAAUUUUACUAAAUAGUUUUUAUCAAAUCUGUUGAUCGUAACGAGUAAUUUUACGUAAUCGUUUUAUGCAAUCGAUUUUUGAGUGUUACAAAACGUGUAACUUUGAUGUGCCUUUAGCAAUAAUUUCUCUUUAUUGUAAAUCUAAUUAUGUUAGAAUGAUUAAUAAUAUUUAUAAUUCAUCAUACAAAAAUAAAUACAUAAUGAUCUAGUAGUUGCUUUUUUAGCCUA